CAACGGAAAUCGGCCCAAGCUCACUUCCGGCACGAACGUAAACAUGGCUUCUGAAAGUUUGGCGCCAUCUACGAGUAAUGACUCCGAAGCCAGCUGCGUGUCGAUGGUGGAUGUGCUAAGGGAAGAGGAGAAACUUGAAGCAGACGCCACCGCCGUCCUAGGAGAUAGUGACAUCCACAACUGUACAUAUCCAGCGAGUUAUAUUCCUAGACAGGCCCUUUAUUCCUGCCUAACAUGUAAUGGACAAGCUGGAGUGUGUCUGGCCUGCAGCUAUGAGUGUCAUGAAGGUCACGACCUCUGUGAACUCUAUACCAAAAGGAAUUUUCGAUGUGAUUGCGGUAAUGACAAGUUUCCAGACAACAAAUGCAAGCUAUAUCCAACCAAGGAUCCAUUUAAUGCACAGAACAUUUACAACCAGAAUUUCAAGGGACUUUAUUGUGUGUGUGUGCGGCCCUACCCAGACCCUGAAGAUGAGAUUGAAGAUGAGAUGAUACAGUGUGUUAUGUGUGAGGACUGGUAUCAUGGAAGGCAUCUUGGAAGCAAAGAUCUACCAAUAGACUAUGAGGAAAUGGUGUGCACAGGGUGUAUGCAGAAGUUUGAUUUCCUUUGGGCCUACAACCUCUACAGUCAAGACACAAAGACAAUUAAGUCUGAGGAGAGUACAGCUGUUGUUGAUGUGGGAGGAAAACGGAAAAGCAGUAAUGGUCCCGAGGGAGGGGAUGAGAAGAGCCAAGAGACAUCGCUACCAACAUGUAAGGGGGAUGCAAAGACCAAUAACUGUGAUACAGAACCUGCGGCAAAGAAACCCAAAGUGGAAAAGUCUGAGGAUUCCACUCAGCAAGAGGCUGCCAAUUCUUGUCUUCUGAAGCAGCUACUGAACAGGGAUGUAUUAGACCGCGAUUGUGCCACAUUUUGGAAGGCUGGCUGGAGAAGCAAGCUUUGUGUGUGUCCAAACUGCAUGGAAAUGUACAAAGACAGAGGGAUAACCUUUGUUGUGGACGAGUCCGACACUGUGAUGGCGUAUGAGAAGAGGGGACAGGAUAAACAAACCCCUUCCUCUCAGUAUGACAAGGGACUACAGGCUCUGUCCAGCAUGGACCGUGUACAGCAAGUGGAGGUCAUACAAGGGUUCAAUGACAUGAAGAGUGAACUGAGUACCUAUCUCAAGAAGUUUGCAGAUGAUGGAAAGGUUGUAAAGGAAGAAGAUAUAAGAGAGUUUUUUUCACAAAUGGAAGCCAGAAAACGACAACGGACAGCUGCACCAUUCCAGUACUUUUGUAAGUGAGGGGAGACAAUUAUUGCCAUAGAACCAGCUGGUGUUCCAUAGACGGAAUAAGACACCAGAGUUGGACAGGAAUCGCAUACAUAAGAAACAUUGUGGAAUUUUGUGGUUAAGAAAAUAUUUUGAUUGUGUAUAUAAAACAUUCUUUUAUCAUGGAUUCUGUUAGACAUGUGGAAAUGCUUGAUAUUGAUAUUCUGUGAAGUGAUGUGGACUGCUGGCACAUAAUGGAUUUGAAGGCAGUGGUUUAGGAUUCUUCACCGGACCAUACAGUUAAUGUUGUGGAGCAGCAAAUAUGGUGGUGAUUUAUUACUGAAAUGUUGUUCUGAAUAUCUUCUCAUAUUUAUUUAAACUUUUUAAACUUGUUUUAAAUCAUACAUGCUGUACAGCUUUAGUUUCUGUUUACAGUGUAAAAAUGGCUUCGGAGGAUUUCAUUUGAACAACUUUCUAUACUCCCUCAAGUUUCUAGAUUGUAGCGUUUUGUUUAACAUCAAAAGUUAUUGUGGAACUCAUAUUGUGUUGUCAACAGCUGAACUGUUUUUAAACAUCAUUAAAUAAAAUCAAUUUUAAUCUAGGUGAA